AUGGAGAAACCCCGGAAUGGCGAAGUAUACGUCAAUGGCGUACAUCGAGGUAGAUUAAGUGCAGCUCAACUGGCAGAUUUGGACAGAUACAUGAAAGAAUCUAGUGAAUGGUCAAUCAAAAUGCAAGAAGGAGUCUAUGAGCAAAUUGAAACCUCAAUCAAGAAUUUUAUGAAGAAACAACGAGAUUUUUGGGGAAAUUUGUUGCCAACAUCAGAGCAUCGUGAAGAACGAGUAGCAAGUUUGAGCCCUGAAGUUCUUUCCAAGGACGUCGCUCUACCGGACGGUGUAGGUACAUCAAUUGCCCCAAAUCCACCAGAUUUUUGUCGACCAUAA